AUGAAAGGCGACAAAGAAUUCGCCGGUACAUUGAUCGGGUUCGAUGACUAUGUCAACAUGGUGCUGGAGGAUGUGAUUGAGUUUGACUACACCGGCGCUCAAACGCGUCUUCCCAAGAUCCUACUGAACGGCAACAAUAUCUGCAUGUUGAUUCCGGGCGGAGAAGGACCAGUCGCUGCGACGGCGUCAUGA